AUGCAGCAUAUUGGGAGUAGUCGAGGCCGGCGGAAAUUCAGUUCCUUGCAACUGAUUGGCUCGGCGUACACGGUCACCAAUUCCUGGCUGGGAGUAGCCGGCGCCUUCACAACAGGAAUCACCGCUGCAGGGUCGGCUAGCAUAAUCUACGGUCUCUUACUGAUGUUCACGAUCAACUUGUUCGUUGCCAUUGCCCUUAGUGAGUUGACUAGUGCGAUGCCAAAUUCUGGCGGUCAAUACUAUUGGGUAAUGCGUUUGGCUCCUAAGCGAUACGCACGCGGUUUGUCUUAUAUGACUGGCAUUUGCAAUCUCUUUGCCGCAUACUGUGUCACUGCGAGCUCUUCAAUCGCCGUGAGUUCAUGGAUCUUUGGUAGUGUGAGGCUCGUGUACCCUGACCUUGCGGUGAACGCAUGGAGAAUCUAUUUAGGAGCAUUGGGGUUGAAUAUAAUCGCAGCUAUUGUCAAUCUCUCGCAGCAGGUCGUCUCGCGCAGCGUUUCAAUCGGGCUGUGGAUUAGUCUGCUUGCCUGCAUAUCUAUCACGAUUGUAUUACCUACAGCUUCGCGCGAUCAUACGGGGCCAAAAUUUAUCUUUGCCUCGCUGCAGAACAAUAGUGGCUGGUCAUCUAAUGUUAUGGCAUUCAUAGUUGGCUUGAUCAACCCUAACUUUGCCUUUGCUGCUCUUGACAGCGCUACUCACCUGGCUGAAGAGACCCCUGAUCCAGCACGGAAUAUCCCAAGGGCGAUCCUAUUUACAGUGGUGAUCGGAUUUAUUACCAGUUUUCCUUUCGCUUGCAUGUUGAUGUACACUCUCACGGAUCUCACCGCCGUUAUCAACACGCCAACCGGAGUGCCACUUCUAGAGCUUUUUCGCAUUGCAUUUCAGAGCGAUCCUGCGGCUCUCGCUGCUAUUGCUUUCGUUGCAGUGACCUAUUUCUUCUCACUCCUCCCCCAGCAAGCUUAUCAAUCUCGGCUUUGUUGGGCAUUCUCUCGCGACCAUGGACUUCCUCUCUCAAGCCUCUGGUCACAGAUUCACCCCACUUCAGAUGUACCACUCUAUGCUCAUCUGCUUUCGGUCUGUAUUGUGUUUCUACUUGGCUUGCUAUAUAUUGUCUCAACAACGGCGUUCAACAGGUAUCUCAUUACAGGUGUUAUCACAUUCCCUUACCUGACCUAUCUGGCCCCCUGCAUCCUUUCCCUUUCACGCGGCGAAGACCAACCUAGAGGACCGUUCAAUAUUGGGUGGCUUGGAAAAAUAUCGAAGAUAAUCACAGUGAUCUGCUGCCUAUUUGCGAUAAUUAUGUACUCGUUCCCUUAUCAGAUGCCGGUGACUACUUCUAGUGAGUAUUCCAGAGCCUCUGGCCUUAUGAAAGUCACUUGGUUAACCUCGGUAAUUCCCAGAUAUGAACUAUAUCACAGCGAUCUACGGCGCCGCGCUCAUAUUUGGAACAGUGGAUUGGUUGUUUCGCGCUCGCUACGAAUUUGCCUUUGA